ACCUAUAAUGCAUAUUUUAGUUACAAUGUACCUACCUUUUAGAUCAUGUAACCACAGCCACUCGUAAACUUGAUAUUUUAUUGCAACUCAUCCAAAUUCAAUGGAAAUUCGUUAAAAUCGAUCCAAGGUCGUUGAUACUGUAGCUAAGCAACGAGUUGAUAUGUUGAUGAAAUGGACCAAAAAUGCCUUUUCGUAUAGACUUAUUUUUACCAAAACAAAAUCAAUGGGGCCAAUUUAUUCUAGUCCUAUACAAGUGUUUAAAACAUAGUAAAUACAUAUAAGUAGUUAAAUUUGAGUUAAAUACUAAUGCCUAUCACAUUCAGUCGUGGAAACGUACGGAAGAUAGCAUUUCGCACCCGGGGGCGCUCAGCUCAGUCCCUCGAUGCUAGCGCGCUGCGAGACCCGGCCGCGGGCGGCGAACGCCUGUUCCUCCAAAUACGACCAGCACUCGCGGACCAUAGGGCGUCCAUACACCGCUCCAACACUUUGCUUACAGGCGGCGAUGGUAUCACCAAAGAGGACAGCAAGGAUGAUUCGAUUGAUUUGCAAGCUGUUGGAGAAGGAAAAGUCCAGCUCUCACGGACGCCACAGGAAAAAGAUAGACUGCCUGAUAGGAUAACUCUCGAUAGACGGGGCUUAUCUUCUAUUCCACAUAUAGUCGGCGAGCCAGGGCUGAGGCUUUUGUCUUUGCAGCACAACCUCAUCAAUAGCUUAUCGGGGUUAUCUCCUUUAGAUUUAGGGAAACUGGUGUUCCUUGACGUGUAUGAUAAUCAGAUCGACAAGAUAACUUCCUUAGAAAGACUUUUUAGUUUAAGGGUUCUGCUCAUGGGGAAAAACAGGAUAAAGAGGAUAGAAGGGCUAGUUAAUCUCGUAAAAUUAGAAGUAUUAGAUUUACACGGAAAUAGAAUAAGUAGAGUAAAUGGGCUAUCGAACUUGUCCGAGCUUAAGGUGCUCAAUCUGGCCGGGAACCAAAUAAAAUGUAUCGGACAGACUGAUCUUCAGGGUUUAAUCUCUCUUCGAGAACUCAAUUUGAAAAGGAAUCGACUGAGAAAACUGUUAGGAUUUCAGAACACGCCACAACUACAAAAGCUUUAUCUUGGGAACAAUGAUUUGCAAAGUGUUGAAGACGUUUCAACAUUAGCAGAAACGACGACUCUAAUUGAAGUGUCUUUAGAUGGGAAUCCAGUAGCUCUAGGAGGCGAUUGCACACCCUUCCUUGUAUCUUACCUUCCGAAUCUUUUAACAUUAACCAACAUGCACGUUACUGAGCAGGUACGGAGAGCAGCAAUGGCUUGGAGAAGCAAUAAGGAGGCCGCUCAUGCUGCCUACUGCGCUCUCGGCGGCUCAGCCCAGCAGGCCGCGAGGCGUGAUCAAAUUAUCAACAAUGCACGAACCAACUGGGAACUGCUGAGAUCAGAAAAUAAAUGUUUUAACAAUGUUACUAGCCCGACAAAAAAUGUAGAUGUAGAAAAAGAAUUUCUACUAGAAGCAUCAGCAGCAAUAGUUCCACAAAAUGAAAGUACACGAACCGUAAAUAUGGCGGCAUUACCGGAUGUUGUAGUGCUGUUGCAACAAGGAGAAAAUGAGGACUCCGAUUCAAAGAAUACUAAUGAAACAAAUACGAAGCCAACUACCGACUCACCAAAAUCGCCAUCGCCUAUGCGCAAGCUACAAAGAAGUUCAACUGCAAAGAAAGCCCUUGAAAAACGUGUUAAUUUCUCAGACAGAAGUGCCUCUCAAGACACCGAUGCGUCUCAUUCAACAUCAACUAGCAGUGACUUGAGGCUUCCACCAAUACUCUUACCCAUUAUAUCAUCUUUAGAAAACGUCAGGCUUGCCGACGGUACAGAACCAGUUCUGAGAAGAUGGGAAAGUAUAUCUAGUGUAGAUCCCGUCAUCGAUUCUUCGUUUAGUUCACUUCCUACAUCAUCUACAGAUAGUGACGACGAUAGUAAUAAAAGACAAAUCAAAAGGAUUCCUACAGCGGUUCGACGGAGAGCGAAUUUUGGUACUAUGCGAUCUAAAUCUGUGUGUGAUCCUGAAAGCCGAAGAAUCAAAGCCAAGAAUUCGGACAUGUGUGAAAAUGCUAGUAACAUUUCGUGCAGUACCAAUGUCGGAUCAGUUCAGUCUUCGACGUCAGGAAGUGAUCAAAAUAGUAGGAUUCUAAGGCGAGAAGGAUCUGUAAACAGCAGGUUAAGUAAUAGAACAGUUAGAAGUGCCACAAUAGCGAGGAGAAGUGAACGAGCGUCAUCUGCUUCGGGAAAUCGGGCAUCAACCGCUCGGGCAAAAUCGGGAAAGAGUUUGGCUAAUUUGAAAUCGUCUGAACCAGUGCCGAAGCCAAUGCCAGCAUCAAAAGAUAGGGAACAAGGAGUCGAUUACUUAGUAGAAGUAGGUGAUGGAGUGGUGAGUGCCUGGGGUGCUGGUGCAGUGCGUCGACUGGCGAGGGAUUGGGACUGGGAGCGAGCGAGAUCAGUGACUCGUGCCGCCUUCCAUUACGUACACUUCAACGCUGUAGCACAGUCUCUCCCGGAAUUAAAAACGAAGUUCCCAAACGUGACAUACAUUUCAGUCCGAGCGACAGGCCUACAGUGGCUUGGCCAACUCCAUGCCUUAGCCGAGCUGCGAGGACUCAAUGGGCUGACGGUGUUACCAGAAGGCAACCCCAUACAUGCAAAGAUUUGGCGAGAGUACGCUAUUUACAGGCUUGGCCAUUGGGGGUUAAAGGAAAUCAACGAUGAGCCGCAGGUGACAGAAGAAGAAAUAAAAGAAGCCAACAUCACAUACAACGGUCUCAGUGACAUAGUGUUGCGAGCACUGCCUGAUGCCCCUCUUCAGCCACUGUUAGCGCGUUUGGGAAGGAGUGGAAACAGCACCGUCAGUGCCAAGGCGUGGUUGAGGGCCGCGGAUCCAGCCUUGCGGGAUGUCAUUGCUAAAGAGGCGCUGCAGUUUAAGAAAGGACAUGUUUCACAGGAGGACAUGAGUUGGCGCGUCCGCGGGCGGGGCCAGCUAUCGCACGCUAUAGAGCUGGCUUGUGGCGCGGCGCAGCGUUUGCGUGUUUUAGAGCUACAAUGGCCUGUCAUCCUCGUCGAGAUGAUCGAGGAGGCACUCACUGAUUUUUCUAAUAUGGAGGCGCAUGUCAAGGAACAGAUGCGUUUGAUUAUGGAAACACUGUGAGAGACAUAUACGGCCUUCAAACUAUUAUAUUACUUACCAAAGUAAUCUGGCGCCUAUUUCCUUUUUAGCUUGAUAGUGCGUUUUAACAUAUUAACACAUUGAGUACCGUGAACCCGCUCGGCGGGUUCUCUGUUCGUAAUCGCUUUCCUCUACAAAGCGGGAAAACGCUGGGAUCGGCUACGAGCGUAGCGUUGGUUUUUUUCUAUAGCGAAUGUGUUAAGCCAAAAUAAAAUAAUACUUUGGGUCAGGUGGAUUAAAAUCAACGGUCAUUCCAAUUAAUUUAAUUGUUCAGACCUUAGGCGUUUGUCGAUGUUCGAUUGAUAUGACCCUUGUACCAUGGUAAAUUACGUAUCCGUAGGCACGCGUUGCCGAGGAUACUUUCACUCCGCCUACUCUUUUUUUUUAUUUGAACUUUUUUUACAGUGGCUAAUAUUUUAAUUGCAAUUAGCCGCUCGCUUACUUGAUAAUUUUCAGUGAGCUAUGUUGUCUAGGUAACAAGGGCCAUGGCUGGUUACUACAGCUACUAAAAUAAUCAAUUAUGUAUUUUACUAAUAAUUUAUUUAACUAUUUUUUUCUCGUUUAUCUAGUCACUUCAUGCAAUGCCACGUAACUAACUUUAGCUUUCAAUCAUGUACUUAUUAAGAGACCAAUCCUUUCGUAACAAUAGAAAUACAGAAAAAAUAAAAACGUAACCAAGGAAUGUAUUUGCUAUUUACCAGGCUUACAUUAUCUUAAUUUCCCGCCUAGUCACCCAUUAGUUGACUAAGGCCCUUAAAAAUUGUAGGUCCUUGUAUUUACCUACCCAGUUUUCAUUGACAAUCAGUAUUCUAGAACGAUAAAAUUGUUUGUAAUAUUAGAAUAUAAUUAAGUACUAGUGGUAGAUUGUAGAUAGAUCAAUUUUCAGAACUGAACUUGUCGAUUUUCGACCUUGCUCAAUAUACAACUCAUUAAAUUUCAUUAGUAUGAACGCUUUUGUAAUUGAUUCCUUUUCUUUAAUAAAUAAGAAUAUUUUUUUGUAAGUCCACAUUCCACAACACAAAUAUUAGUUGUGUUCGUCACACGAAUUUAUAAAAAUUUUAAGUAAAAACGUGCCUCCGCUGUUUUGUAUAAAGUAAAUAACUACAAUGAAUAGAACUUAAAAUGUAAAUGAAUCUAAAUAUAUACUAGUCUUUUUAA